AUGGCGGUGCGCACGCUGAGCCUCCGUGCCCUCACCUCCUGGGUGGGCAUCGCCCGGCUCCUGGCCGUGCUGCUGUCCUGCGUCGCCUUCAGCCUGGUGGCCUCCACGGGGAGCUUCGGGGGUCCGUACGGGACGUGGUGCAUGUUCAGCUGGUGCUUCUGCUUCGCCGUGACGCUGCUGGUGCUGCUGGUGGAGCUGCUGGAGCUCUGCCCCCUGCUGCCGCUCUCCUGGGAUGACUUCACCUCCGCCUUCUCCAUGCUGGCAGCCCUGAUGGUCUUCACCACCUCGGUGGUCUUCCCCUCCACCUUCAUCAGCAGCCCCUGCAGGGGCAGCGUCUGCGCCCGGCAGGCCGUGGCCACCGCCGCCUCCUGCCUCUGCUUCCUGGCCUACGCCCUCGAGGUGGGGCUCAGCCGUGCCAAGCCAGGGGACAUCAGCAGCUUCCUCUCCACCGUGCCCGGGCUGCUCAAGGUCUUUGAAGCCUACGUGGCCUGUCUUAUCUUCUCCUUGCUGGAUGGUUACAGCUCCAGAGCUGGCCUGCAGUGGUGCGUGGCUGUCUACUCCAUCUGCUUCAUCAUCACCUUCCUCAUCAUCAUCUUCACCAUCGGCCGCUGCCUCAGCUACAUGCCCUGCCCGCUGGAGAAGAUGCUGGUGGGCUACAAUGGCCUGGCCUUCCUGAUGUACCUCACAGCCACCAUCCUCUGGCCCUUCUACAGCUUCAAGGACAGCCAGCGCCCCGACCCCUGCGGCAAGGACUGCCUGUGGAACAAGCGCCUGGGGGUCACCUUCCUCACCAUCUUCAACCUCAUCGCCUACUUGGUGGACCUGAUCUACUCCACCAGGAUGGUCUUCAUCAGGACACCUACCUAA